UUUAUUUUGCCCGUUAAUCCGAAACCACCACUUUAGCUCGUUACAAUGUGUUGAUUAGAUGUAAUUUGUUUCUUUGAACGCUUCGUUUAGUGUGAUAGCAGCGAUAACGCAACGUCUGUAUUUUUUCUAGUGAAAAUUGGAAACAAACAUUGACCUUUAUUAUCAAGACCAUGUUGAAACAAAACGGAAGUGCAAAAAGCAACGAAACCGUGAAACAAUUUUCAAGAUCGAAAGAAAAAGAAUUCAGUGCAAGAAACUCGCUCCUGACCGAUUUAUUCGAAAACAAGCACAUCCGGACCGUUUAUCACAUGUUUAUAGCGACUUUAAUCGGCCUUUUCGUGAAUACGGCCGUUUACGAUUAUUUCAAGAAGGAGGAGAUAACUUUCGGUGUUAGACUAAUCAAGCAAAGUUUUGGAAAAAUACACAUAGUGGCGGUAUUGUGGCUUGGAUAUUUCACACUCACUUGCUUGGUCUAUCACUUGUACAAAUUCUGGGCCCAACAGAGGGUUUUCUUCCCCAAGUUAAGUCACUUGAAACUUUGGAACUUGUUUGGCCUAACGGUACUAGGGUUCUACUAUAUUUCCAUGUUCACUAUAACGAGUUACAUUGUAACGUAUUUUGCUCUGCCGCCGGCGUCCGCAUGUAUCGUUUUGUGCGAGCAAACGCGUUUCUUGAUGAAAAUCCACUCGUUUGUGCGCAACACUUGCCCCCGAAAACCCCACACUGAACCAGCAACAACACCAAACUUCCGCAAUUUUUUGUACUUUUUGUUCGUCCCCACGCUGGUGUAUCGUGAGACUUACCCUCGCCGCGAGAAAAUCGACUGGACUUUUGUGUGCUUCCGGGUGCUGGAAUGCGUGGGCGUGCUGUUCUUCAUGAGCUUCGUUAUCGACCGAUUCCUCAAUCCGACGAUUCAAGACUUCGGCUUGCGACCGUUCACCGUGAAAGAAAUCAUUUUGGGCAUUUUCGAGAACACGAUAACGGGGGCCCUUCUCUUGCUGCCCAUGUUUUUCAUCAUCUUGCACUCGUGGCAGAAUUUAUGCGCCGAGUUGACGCGGUUCGGCGACCGGUUGUUCUAUCUGGAUUGGUGGACGUGCACGGACUAUUCCGGGUAUUUCCGGAAGUGGAACAUAAUCGUCCAGGACUGGCUGUACCUUUACGUUUAUCGCGAAUCUUCCGAAACUGUUUACAAGGGGAAUUUAUGGUUUGCCAAAUUCGCCGUGUUCUUGAUUUCGGCGAUUGUGCACGAGUGGAUCCUGACGUUCAUGUUUGGCUUCUUUUUCCCCUUGUUGUUUGUCGAGUUUUUGGUUUUCGGGUCGAUUUUUAACUUUCUAGGGGCCCCGAAAACGCCGCUUUUUAACAUUCUGUUCUGGUAUUCGCUCUGCUUGGGGGUGGCCACCCUGGUUACCAUGUACGGUAUCGAGUUUUACGCACGAAUUAAUGCUCCUUUGGAAAAUCCGACUUUUUUCGAAAACUUGCUACCAAGGUUUUUGACGUGUGAUUGCUUGGAAUUGUAGGAAGAGUGGGUUCUUCGUAAUUAUAGCUUGUCAGUUGUGUAUAUUUUUUAUUUAUAUUUUUUGUAUGUAAAAAAAGUAACGAUAAUUGUGUCACAUGCGAAUAAACGAAUUUUUCUCACACGUAA